UGUGUGUUUUUCUACUGCUGGAAGGGCUCGCGUGCAGAAUCCUAACAGGAAGUACCAGCUAGCAUGUUUUGCUAGGUAGCUAACAGCUAGUGGUGAUCAGCUGUUUAUUGUGUUUGAAAGGCUCAUACUGGACAUUAGUAGAGGCAUAGUGGAAGAUGGACACGCGGUUCACUCGAGGGAAAUCCAACAUCUUGGAGCGCCCCCUGACCCGACCUAAGACUGAGGUCAGCGUGAGUGCUUUUGCCCUCCUGUUCUCAGAGAUGGUCCAGUAUUGUCAGAGCCGUGUGUACUCCGUGUCGGAGCUGCAGACACGCCUGGCAGACAUGGGCCAGAGUGUGGGAGCCAGCAUGCUGGAUGUGCUGGUGCUGAGGGAGAAGAACGGGAAGAGGGAGACAAAAGUGCUGAAUAUGCUGCUCUUCAUCAAGGUUAAUGUCUGGAAGUCUUUGUUUGGGAAGGAGGCUGACAAGCUGGAGCAGGCCAACGACGAUGACAAGACUUAUUACAUCAUAGAAAAGGAGCCACUUAUCAAUGCUUACAUCUCCGUGCCGAAGGAGAAUAGCAGCUUGAACUGCGCCGCCUUCACUGCGGGCAUCGUGGAGGCCAUCCUCACGCACAGCGGCUUCCCUGCCAAGGUCACUGCCCACUGGCACAAAGGCACCACGCUAAUGAUAAAGUUUAAUGAGUCAGUCAUAACCAGAGACAAGGCUUUGGAUGGCAGAUAAGGAAGACUGGAGAAAGUGGGUGGUUAUGUUGAUCAAUACAGGAUGAAGUUAAAUCAUCCAGGUCCAGGCUAGUGUUUGUUCCUGAAUUGUCUUGUGGUAAUUUAUGAGACUUUAUGGAUGAAUGGAUGGAAGACUGCACCAUACUGAGCCAUGUCUAGAGCAGAAAACAUGCAGCUAGUUGGUUCAAUCCUCCACGUUUUCGUGGAUCAUUUCACUCCUGUUACUCCUCAUGAAGUGACACAAUACUGAAGAUCACUUUUAAUUUGUUGUUUCAUGUCACAUUUGUACAUCACAGAUCAUUCAUAAAAGAUUAACAUAUUGGAUACUUUCACCACAUCAUUUUGGUGUUUUCAUUAGUAAUGUUCUGAUUUUGAAGCCCAUCAGAUCAACAUCUUUUAAUUCACCUUGGGAUCUGGGAAAUUGUGACGGCCCUUUUACACAACGUUUACACUUUUUAUGGACUAAACAAUGAAUCAAAAAAUAAUGAACAGAUUAUUUGAUAAUGAAAGUAAUUGUGAUGUUUCCUUUAUAGGAUGAAACUGAACAAAAACAAUCCACUAAUUAGCGCAUCCCUGGUUUAUGUACUGAUAAUAAAGAUUAGUGUCGCAACACCUCUUUUAAUGCUACAAAGUAUUUCAUGUAACAGACAGGUCCAGACUCAAGAUUAUUCUCAAAAUUGUUUUUUUUCUCUUUUUCAUUCCAGUUCAACUCCAGCUGCAUGUUUCAUCUCUGUAAAAUAGAUUCAUAAUCAGGGCCAUAGCUACCAUUGACGACACUGAGGUCAUAUCCUCACUAUCUUUAUUUUAUUAUCUUUUAUCAUUUUAUUUAAUGCGUGUGUGAUUUUGUGGUAAUAGUAACAGGGCAGUUAACAUUCAAAAAUGUAAAAACUAAUUUACACAUGCUGUUUUAUAAGCCAACUCCAAUAUAUAUAGACUCUGCAUUCUGACAAAUUUGAAUGAUUUUAAGCUGACAAAAUAAUAAAUCAAUAAAAGAAAAGCAUUUCUCCCCUCAGAAUUUUAUUCCUGGCAGCAUGACAAAGACUUAACACUGUUUCAAAUUCCAGGUUGGGAAAUAGACAAGAACAUUUAACACCAUAAAUAAAAUAUCUAAAAUCAAGAUGAUAAAUAAUGAAAUACAGCACUUUUUAGUUUCUGGUAAAAAGAAAAAGAUGCAUUACCAUGUAAUUGCAAUGUGUCCAGUUCAUUCUAGUUGGGGUAUUUAGUUGCAUGACAUACUCCUCUCUCUUCUCUUCUCUUUUCUGUCUCUAUACUGUCCCAAAAGGGGAAUAGUUAGACAAUUUAUAAAAUAUGCUUAUUUGUUCUUUCCAAAACAUGGUGCGAGUUAGAUGAGAAGAUUGAUACUAUUAAUGUCUGCACAGUAUGAAGCUGCUGUGUCAGUUAGCUUAGCACACACACUGGAAACAGGGGGAAACAGCUAGCCUGGCCCUAAAGGUAAUGACAUUCCUUACACUACACAAAUAAACAAGAUAUGACAUGUUAAUAUGUAAGCUUUAGAGGUGCUGGGAGGGGAAGUGUGUUACUUUUGAUCAAAGAUAGGCUAGCUGUUACCUCUGUUUACAGUCUUUAACUAAGCUAAUCUGCUCAUAAGGCUAGCUUAAAAUGUACAGUUGUCUGUACAGUAAUUAUGAAGCUGCUGUCAGUUAGCUUAGCUUAACACAAAGACUGGAAACAGAAAAACAGCUAGCCUAGAUCUGUACAAAGUGUAAAAACAACACAUGGUUUUACUGGGGGUUAUGUGCCAGGUUAGCCAUUUCCUCCUGUUUCUAGUAUUUAUGCUAAGCUAAGCUAACUGGCUGCUGGCGGUAGAUUCAUAUUUACCUUACAGACAUGAGUGUGGUCUCAUUCUCCCCGUCUAACUCUCUGCAACAAAGCAAAUAAGCCUAUUUCCAAAAUGUAGAACUUAUUAUUUGUGUUGGGGGGGGUUCAGUGACCUACAAUCCUGGCCAUGGCCCUGCUUAUAAAACUUUUUUUUGUGCUUAUUACUAUUGAUGGCACUGUUUAUCUGUCUGAUAACCUAGAGUAAACCUGUAAUAAAAUAAAAAUGCAAAGCGG